AUGGACAAUAUACACCACCGCCCCGCUUCGCGCAAAAACGGUUUUCUGCUUUCCGAGGUCUUUUCGUCAUUCACAGCAUUUCUCGUGAACGGCGUCCACUUCAACGUGACGGUGCGGUUCCCUGCCCCCUCUUGUCGUGGGAAGCCGGAAGCAGCCCGCAUUUUCCACGUGAAAAACAACAGCAUUGCGUGUGAGCCCCCAAUGCCGUCAUACGGCACAGGGAGGCAGCUGCAUCAUGGCGCGGUACCGUUCCCUGUCGGUUCCACGUCACACUCCAUCAUGUUAUUGCCCGGCCGUUGUGGAAAUUGGUUUUUUUUUCACCCACAACUCCAAACUGGAGAAGGCCCCCCAACCUCGUCCUUCAGAAUCAUUUCCUCGGCCUCUAAAAUAAGCACUUCCUCCUUAGCCCCCUCACAGCGGUACAUUACAUCAGGCAACUCAACAGUUAUUGGAGGUCCAACUGCAACUUGUUGA